ACCUUCUCGUCGUCGGAUCCUUCGUGAGCCACAUCGAGUCGUUGUGGCCAAGAGAAAAAGGCACCAUCCCUUGCAGCCUGCACUUGAGGCUUUUUACGACCAUGAAUGUUCUCUUGUCGCCUCAACCUCAUCGUCUCCCUCAUCAACACGAAGCCACCCAUCUUUCUUCGCCAUCUCGGUCUGGGAGUCCAUUUCACAACAUGACAGGCCGCAAACGAAAAGCCGAUGAUGAGAACGAUGAAAUGUCCGUCUCGCCUCGAAAUUCGCCCGCCGUCGCCUCUCGACAACUCUCUCGCCCCUCCAAGAAAUUUCGCGCCAACGAUAUCGUCGGGCGCCCCCUCUCCCUCCCCAGGUUACUCGAGACUCUGGAUCCGACCCAACUACGAACCGUCCUCGAACGCAUCUGUGAACGCCACCCUGAUAUUGGCCGGGAGGUCGUCGAAAGCGCUCCCAGGCCUACUGUCGCUGCGGCACACGACGUUCUGCGCGAGUACGAGGAAAAACUAAAGGCGGCUGUUCCCUACGGCGAGAGCAGUGCCGACUACACUUACUACCGAGUCAAGGCGCCCCUGACAGCCCUCAUCGACGCUCUUCUGGAUUUCACUCCGCAGUACCUCCCUCCUAUCGAGACCCAACACACUGUCUCGCUGCAAUACCUGGAUGGAGCCACCAAAGUGAUACAUGGCCUCCCCGACUGGGAAUCCCAACAGUAUCGCCACCACAAGGACAACGCCUACGACGAAAUCUCGAAGGCCUGGGCACUCGUCAUCAACGAGGCGGCGAAACGCGGAGGUGGCCUCAGCCUCAGCUCGGGCGGCUGGGAUCAGACAUUGGCGAAACACAACGAGCACUCUGGGGGACGGAUGGGGACGGCCAUGAGUGCCAUGGCUGCGGGCGUGGGAUGGAUGGGAAGCCAGAGCGGCGCCAACCCCGUCAAUAACCAUUCCGAGCAGAAUUCCAUCCUGAGUCAGCUCAUGUCUGGCGCAUAUGGUUCGCCUGUGCGGGUGGGGCCCUGGUAGGAGACGUGACCCAUUCGUCGCAGGAAUUUUUAGACGAGGGCCUGCCUGCAUGGCUUGAGCAGGGAUAUGAAGCGGCUCUACCAGCGAUGUCACGACGCUUGACGACGAGUUUUGGCGUUCUGUUCUGCAUUUCCUGUUUCUCCACCCCUCCCUCCCUCUCCCUCUCACUCACUAUCUAUCUCUUUGUCAAUCGUGUCUUUUCUUCUGCCUGGGUUCAUUCGCCUAUCUGGCAUGGACAACUGCAUAGACGCAGACUUGUUGGACGGGGCAAUCGCUUACGUACGUUACGGCUAGG